AUGUCAGCCUCACCAUUUCCUGAGCCUUUGGACGCACCGAUGCACGACUUUGCGACAGAACUCGAUGUUCCAAUGAACCCAGCAGUCUCGCAAGAUUUUUUUAUAGAGCUGUCCAUGGACCACGAUGGUCAUCACACGACUUAUAACCAGGUGGAUGUUGAGGUCGACAUGGAGACCUACUAUGAUGGCAAUGCAGAGUAUGAGAUGGCGGAUGAGACGGAGGAGUUCAACGAAAGUCAUUAUCACCAUGAGCCACUUGACGUGGAAGUCUACGACGCUUCUGACGCCCACUCACCUCAGCCCAUACCUGAUUCACAGCCGUUAACGUCUCUGGCAGCUAAUCCGGAGAUAUCAUUACUUUCGUCCCCCGUCCCUUUCCCCGAUUCUUUCACCCCCCAGCUAGCCACCAUUCCUAUUGAACACGACGCAUCUACUACAGAUCGCCCGGUGGAAAAUGAUCCUCCUGUAGCUGAAGAACCAGAUUUUACUUCUCAGCAAGAGGAUGCCCCUCUUUCUUUAACAAUUGAGCAAGUACUGCAAUCGGAUCCCCUUCAUCCCACCACUGCUGCCGAUCCAACGGCGGCAACGUUGAAUGCGGCUUCUGUGGCUUUGGCGGAUCCAUAUGGUGUAGAAAAAUACGCAGAUCCUCUGGUUUCGGAAACAACUGAUGAAUCAGGGUUGUCUGUUCACCCUACAGAAGCAGAACCCACAUUGCAAUCACAGGUUGAGGAGCAUUCUGAGACGCUCCACCCCUCAGAUGUCCCAUCUGAUGACAGCGUGCAGCUUCAGAGUGACAGCCACCCGGAGGUCCUCCACGAAGAGGCAGACAGUGCUAAUGAUCCACACGAGAUUUCUGAAGGCGUCUACAUUGACCCGCCACCUGCUGUUUUUGUGUCCAUCGGCUCCUCUGAAGUACCAGAAUACUGUCUAUUCAACCAGCCCCCAGCGGAACGCGGGUCCCGAAGUCCGUCCGCGGGAGCUAGCAACGAACAGGCGUAUUCGCUACUCCUGCAAAAUCGGCCAACACUGUACUAUGAGCCCCUCAGUUGCGUAUUUGAAGCACUUCGGCAGGAUGAGGUCAUUUCCAAAAUUCCCGACUCUCCCGAGGGAGAGUUAAUGAUCGACGCGUACGAUCUCCAGCUCUCUAUAUUCGAGGAUAAUCUUUAUGCACAAGAAAUCAGUUUGCACGACCUGAAUGUGUUGCACGAUGGCUCUGACUUUGCGGGACCUCUGCGCAUCCAUUUGCGUUCGACGAUACCUAGGUUUAUUUUACGUUACCGUUUACUUCAAGAACAGAUUUCUCGGCUUGACUUGGCUGCAGGCGUCGGUGAAGGUGCUCCAGAAGAAGGCUACGCCCCUGCAGACCACCAUUCUGCUGUACAAGAAGCAGAUCAUCACGAAGAAGCCCAACACGAAGCAUUUAUCCCUGAUGACCAGAGGGAUCUCGAGGGAACAGAAGGCGUUGACCAGCCAGAAGUUCCUCCAGACCAGUUUCAGGGUGAUGAGUCCGCUGCAACAGACGUGGCUCCUAUCCCGCAGGCUGUUGUGGAUGCAACAUAUCACGACGUUGGUGGCGAAGUUGCACAGGCAUUCGAAGACGAGGAGGAUUAUGAAGGCACGAACGUCGGCCUAGAGUACCAGGAAGAGGGCGAGGGCGAUCUUGACGCCACUGCUGUGCAUGAGACAGCGGAUACGGAUGCUGCUGCGACUCCAUCCAACGCCAAUUUGCAGUUCGGAGAGGAGGAGACUGAGUACCAGGAUUACGUACAGCCAGAAGAGUAUGGCGAACGCUAUGAAGACUUCCCCGAAGAGGACGGCACUCACACAGAAUUUGGAUAUGAUCAAACGGUGGGUUAUGAAGAAAGCGGAACGGAGGCUGCGUCAUCAGCAGUAGACGAAUCACAAACAGUUUUACCUGAAUCCCACCUCCAUGAAGAGAUAACACCAGUACCACCGGCACAACAGGUUGACUCUGAGUCUGUUCAGAGAUCGGAACCAGCAGACGGCACUUCAAAUGAACGAGGAGAUUGUUUACCAUCACACGAAACUUUCGAGAAGGAGAAGACCAGCCAUCGCACUGACAAAGAUCUUAUUGUAGAUCAUGAAACAGAUCAACCCGAAUCAUCAACGCAGCUCCCAACAGAUGAGUCGGAUUCUAAUUUUCUCGCAAUGCUUGAACGCGAGGCUGAUUUUGAGCUAGAUCAUUCUUCCUCCAACACCAAUGCUAUUCCCACACAAGAGGGUGGAGAGCCUUUGCCAGCAUUGAACGGGGAGUGGGAUGAUUGGGAUGAUGAAUUAGACGGCGAUGGCGAAGCUGAUGACGAGUGGCUGGACCGCGGCGAUGCCGUGUCCAAUGAAAGCUCUGUGACUCUGUCAAGUAACUCAUCUGCAAAGCGCCGUCACGACGAGGUCGAACCUGAAGAGGGUGAACUUGACGCUGGCACACCUCAAAGUUCACCUGAAAAACGUCAUCGCAUGUACUGA